AUGGGUAAUGCUGCAAGGACUUUUGCUAUUCCUCCUGGGACAUAUAGCCCUGAUGAUUUGGUCGAUGCACUGACUGCUGGAUUCAACUCGACUGGGACGCAAGCAUACACUGUAGAAUACAAUCAUAUAAACAGUCAAAUCACAGUGACCGCGGGUACAACACCAUUCAAAGUUCUCUACCCUCAAACCACAGCAAGCAAACUGCUCGGAUUGCAGCAAACUCAGCAAUCUGACCCUGGGACAUCAAUUACCUUCUCAAAUCCCAUCGAUCUGACAGGCGUUAAGAUGGUGCUCGUAGCCUCAUCUAACAUAAGGUCAAAUGAUGUCAUUUAUGCAGGCACAGAUGAUUUAAAUAUCAUUGCCUCUAUUCCGGUGUCGCAAGAAAUUGAAACUGUCCUAUGUGCGCAGAAUUAUUUUGACACCGACUUCAUUGACACGGAGUCUGGCCUUGUUAGUACGAUCGACAUCCAUUUGCUUGAUGCUGAAACAUUGCUACCCUUGGAUCUACAGGGCAAAGGGUUCACUUUAGUUCUCGAUUGUCAUUCCUCUGGCUUUGCAGAUGAUUAA